AGAUUACCGCAGAUAGUGGCAAAAGCAGUGACUAGUUAGAAGAGUAACGACCAUUGUAAGGAUAACAAAUACAAAAUGACUUUCGAGACAGUCGAGUCUUCUAAAUGUUCGAAAGUGCUGUCCCGUGUGAAGUCAUGGACCAAUCCGACGGAGUUCAAAGCGUCGAAACUGCGCGCCAUACUGAUGGGUUACAUAGUGACUUCCACGGUGGGUGAGAUCUGCGCCUACAAGCUCAUGCAGCAGGAUAUCAGGGCCGGAGACCUUCCGCCAUACAGCAUCGAUGUAGCCAUCAUAACAUUCGCGCUGUUCGAGGUGCUGGUGGCGCCCUUCAUCUCGUGGUGGGGCUACCGGCACCGGCGCGCGCUGCUCAUCGCUUACGGCUCCGUCGCCUCGCUCUGUGUGCUCUCCUGGUACUUCUUGCCCGAUCCCACGAGAAAGGAAGAAACAAAAUUCUGCGGCGUUGCUUACACUUCAAACAGCAGCCUGUUCCUCGGCGUACCGAUACGCACGGCCGUGCGGCUGGUACUCAUCCUUUCCAACUGCAUCGUCUUUGUGAUGACCCGCGUGGCGUGCUGGGGCCACGGCAUCGCUUACUGUGAGGAGUUUGCGCCAGAACGGACCCAUGUGCACUAUGGUGUAAUGCUCCUGUCCCGAACGAUACCGCUGAUAUUAGGGUACAGCCUUUUGACUGGGAAGGUGGAGACCAACAUGACCUUCCAGACGACGACUUUCCUGAUAGGCUACGUGCCUAAUCUGAUACAAGUUUUCCUAAGCGUACCGAAAGUGGCACCCAUCGUGAAAGGGGAGCAGAAAACGAACAUGUCUGACUACAAAAGAAGUUUCCUAACAAGUCUAGGCCGCGUUGCCUCUAACCCGUUGGCAGUGUCGCAAAUAUUUGCCAUGGGAUUGUUGGCAGUGGCUCUUUACGGAUACAUCUACAAUGAGCCCGAAAUUAAUAAGGUGAAAUUCAACUUGGUGGAGGACGGCAAUGGGACGGUACAAGUCACUAAAUUGUUCCACUACUUUUUCGUCAUGUUUAUUGUGGGGUUCGCCGGCAAUCUGUACUCUAAGCCCAUUUCACGGCAGUUCCGUCGAUCAGUUCAUAUGAAGCAGAUCAUUCGGUCGACCAUCUUCGUGAUCGUCGCGUACAUAGCCAUGACAUUCAUAGUGGGCUGCGAUCAAGGUAAAGUUGCUGGUCUGUCAGAUGAGCUGUACACUAAUCCGGAAUGCAGCAUUGCUUGCGGAUGCCGACCACGUUUCCGUGAGUUUGAGCCGGUGUGCGUGGUGGAGGAGAUGGUCACGUACGUGUCUCCGUGCCACGCCGGCUGCGGGGGAGAGGAGUUGUUUGACGGGGUCAGGUUAGUAGUUUGA